AUGGAGCUCCGAGCCAGGGCCCUUCUGGGCGGCCACACACUUGGAGUUCUCCUGGUGCUGUUCCAUACAUCGACUCGGAUCGUGGCCGAACAAGAAGUGGAGAAUCUCUCAGGCCUUUCCACUAACCCUGAAAAAGAUAUAUUUGUGGUGCGGGAAAAUGGGACGACGUGUCUCAUGGCAGAGUUUGCAGCCAAAUUUAUUGUACCUUAUGAUGUGUGGGCCAGCAAUUACGUAGAUCUGAUCACAGAGCAGGCAGACAUCGCGCUGACCCGGGGAGCGGAGGUGCAGGGUCACUGUGGCCACAACGAGUCGGAGCUGCAGGUGUUCUGGGUGGAUCGCGCGUACACGCUCAAAUUGCUGUUUGUGAAGGAAAGUCACAACACGUCCAAGGGUCCCGAGGCCACGUGGAGGCUGAGCAAGGUGCAGUUCGUCUACGAUUCCUCCGAGAAAACCCACUUCAAGGACGCCGUUAGCGCUGGGAAGCACACGGCCAACUCGCAUCACCUCUCUGCCUUGGUCACCCCAGCUGGGAAGUCCUAUGAGUGUCAAGCCCAGCAGACCAUCUCUCUGGCCUCCAGUGACCCCCAGAAAACAGUCACAAUGAUCCUGUCCGCAGUGCACAUCCAACCCUUUGACAUCAUCUCGGAUUUUGUCUUCAGCGAAGAGCACAAAUGUCCAGUGGAUGAGCGGGAACAAUUGGAAGAAACAUUACCUUUGGUUUUGGGGCUGAUCUUGGGCCUUGUCAUUGUGGUAACGCUGGUAAUUUAUCACAUCCACCACAAAAUGACAGCCAACCAGGUGCAGAUCCCCAGGGACCGGUCCCAGUACAAGCACAUGGGCUAGGGCCCAUUCUGCAAGCCUUCUCCUCCACUGGAUCAGGUUAAAACACAUGAGCACUUUUCACCUUUACACAGGAUACACCAACAUAGCUACAGUCAAACAGGCCUGGGUAUUCGAGUCUUGCUUGGCCUGCAUCCAUGCUUUAGCCCAG